AUGCUCGGUAUUGCAAGAAGCUUGUUUGCAAGCAACUGCCUGUUGGUGAGUGAGGUUGGCAAUUAUGACUUUAAAACAUCGGAAGAUAUAUUCUUCCUGUUCGAGUCUCGUGAAGAGGGCCAGGUCAAUGUCUCGGACGAGGAGAAACUGGUAGCUGGAUGGACGAGGGGCGCAAAGCUGUAG